ACCAAAAGCGGUCAAGUCUCCGUCGGCGAGUACGCUCUUUAUAGAGUGUUUCCGAACUACAGCUAGGGUUUGUGUUGCUUAUUCUAGUCUAUGUUCACAAGCUCGCAUACCUGUUGAGGAUGAGACCGAAAUGAAGUUUGAUAGACGAUCUAUUCAAUGCCUGCACGAGGACCUGCGGGAAGGAACACAUUUGAGGAAACCUCGACUAUCACCUCCGUACCUUCCAAAGAAAGUUGUCCGUCGUAUCCUCCACCACAUAUCGACUAGAAACAGACUAGAAACCACCCACACGUGGGGAAGAAAUACACGCAGAUGCCAUUGUUGUGCACAGCGUCCAAAUUUUGGCACAUCCCGAGGAUGCUGGCAGCUGUUGGCAUGCCUCGGCUAUAAGACACAUUCCUUCCGUCAGCUUUUCUCCUCUCCUCCACCAUCCUCUCUAUCGAUUCUAGGAGGGUCGACUAUAUUUGAAUGGCUUCUCAUAGACGUACCCAUCAGCCACAGCUUAACUACUUCCAGCAAGCUCCAGUAAGAGGACAAUUGGAACCGCUUUCGGCUGAUGGGUAUUCGAGAACGGGCUGGCGAUGGCUACAGUGCACGGAUACACCUAACGAACUGAGGCUAAAGGUACUAUUACCACCUCGUACCGCAUUGGUUUAUGCACAUAUACUCAGAGUUGAAGCGGCAGAGCUCGCAAAGGACAGGGAAGCUUCAUGGGAUCGAAUCAUGCAAAUUCGACACCUCAAGGACCGAAUGAUUCGCAAGUGCCAGCGACUCGCAAAGGGUUCCGUCCCUCAAGACAGAAGCACUUCGCAUCCCAUGUUUCUUACGAUCCAUGCACCACCUGACUUCAGGUUGAAGGAGAUGGAGAGAUGGUUCAGGGAUCAGGGUGCCGACAUUACGCAGGGUAGUUCGGAAGGUCCCACAAGACCAUAUUGCUGCGACAAAUGCAGCCCUCCCGCCCACGUCGUCGCACCUCUACAAACUGCUCCACGUCGUGUUACCGCUUCUUCAGGUCGUACAACGGCUCGGGUACCAGAUCGUGCAAGACGUGCUUCAGUCUCACAGUCAGCCAACCCGGCAUCCACUUCUCAGAGGAAGCAUGCCAAAUCCCGAGCCCAACCUUUGCCCGUACAAGUACGAUCGCGACAUGCAGAACGAGCUCCCAAUGUUCGGCGGUCUAGUACCCCUUCACCCCUUCCUACUCCACAUCGUAGUAGAUCAGUUUCACCGUAUCAUGGGAGUCGUGCAGGUUCCUCACUCGCCCGUGCCAACGUUCGUUCACCCGACCCUGUACCCAUCCCAUUUCGCUCCUCCACCAUGUUAGACGAGGGGCAUUUGGCAUUUGUGGACUCCCCUGAACCUAUGGAUCGAUCCGUACCCGUUUCUCCGGAGCCGGAACCUGUGAGACCUUCCAGUCCCAACAGUACUCUUGUAGAUGCACCAGCGGAUGAUAAAGUACCUUUCCCCGCACCCGGUCCAGAACUCGAGACCAUUCAUGAGGGACCAGAGGAUCCUGAAUCCAGUCAUCGUCCUACGUUACCUCGACGGAGAAGUAGCCUCAAGAAGUCUGGUAGUAUGAGUAGGUUGAGCGUGAUCAGUCAGACUAAGUCUGUUACCUGGGCAAUGGAUCGGGCAUGGGAGGAACAAGUGACCAAGUACACCAAGGCAGUCGAUGAAGCGGACGCUGUUGCCCAUGAACUUGAUGGUGCUCGUGAGGCCUAUCACAAUCACGUCGCUGAAAUGCGGAGGCUUUGUCGUAAUGUCAUCCAAGCAUCGGAGAAGGUCCGCCUCGAAAGCGAGAACCUUCAUCAACAGGAGGAUGUGAUGCGGAGCCAAGAAGACACUCUUAUGGAAUGUUGCAAUCGCCUGGAACGUAUGGAGCUACAGUACCGCGAGAAAGUUCUGGGUAUCUUAGAAGAGACCAAGCGUAUCGUACAAUUGUGCGAUAAGUAAGGCACACUUUACAAUCUUGUUCUACUCAGCAUUCAUUUAUAUCCCCUCCAAACACAUACCUCUAAGUGCAUAUAUCCCCUGUCUGAUAUACCUAGGAACUUCCAUUGUGGUCACAUUCACUGUAUAUAACAUACUAUCUAUUAGCACCCACCGCUCCUUUGUCACAUAUUUAGGAUGAAUCCGGUAUUAUGAUAUUGGUAU